CACCCAACACACGUUAUAAAAGAGGUGAUAUGUGUAAGACUCCCUCAGUGGGAAGCGGGACUUCUCGUGGCAGCGGUGACGAAUACAAAGAAAUUUCAGUACCCACCGGCUGUACUUGAGUUCCUCUUCGUAGUCGCUCCGCACGCACCACCAGCAUGCCCGGCCACGUUGUGAAGAGCACGGGUCCCGACCCCGACCCCACUGAAUAUCUCUUCGUUUCCCCUGAACAAAAGCGCAUCGAUCAAACGAAGCCUUACGACCCCAAGAAGUCCGUCUGGGCUCCUGAUCCCGAUGAGGGUUUCGUUGAAGCUAUUCUUGUGGGAGCCAAAGGCGACAAGCUGGUAUCGGUUAAGCUCCCCAACGGUGAGACGAAGGACUUCAAGAAGGAAGUCAUCGGUCAAGUCAACCCUCCCAAGUACGAGAAAUGUGAGGAUGUGUCUAACUUGACCUUCCUUAAUGAUGCCUCUGUCUUGUACAACCUAAAGACCCGUUAUCAGGCUAGGCUUAUCUACACUUACUCCGGUCUUUUCUGCAUUGUCGUCAACCCCUACAAACGCUACCCCAUCUACACCAACCGCGUCGUCAAAAUCUACCAGGGCAAGAGGCGUAAUGAGGUUCCUCCUCAUCUCUUCGCCAUUUGCGACGGUGCCUACGCGAACAUGAUGCAAGAGCGUCAGAACCAGUCUAUGCUUAUCACUGGUGAGUCUGGAGCCGGCAAGACUGAGAACACAAAGAAAGUGUUGUCUUAUUUUGCCAACGUCGGCGCCUCUGGAAAGAAAGAAGAUAACAAAAAGAACUUAGAAGACCAGAUCAUCCAGACCAACCCCAUCCUUGAGGCCUAUGGUAACGCCAAGACCACCCGUAACGACAACUCAUCUCGUUUCGGUAAAUUCAUCCGUGUGCACUUCAUGCCCACUGGCAAACUGUCUGGCGCUGAUAUCGAGGUGUACUUGCUGGAGAAGGCUCGUGUCAUCUCCCAGUCCCCCGCCGAGCGAGGCUACCAUAUCUUCUACCAGCUCAUGUGCGACCAGAUUGAAAACAUUAAGCCACUCUGUCUACUGUCGAAUGAUAUCUACGACUAUCACUUCGUGUCCCAGGGAAAAGUCACUGUCCCAUCCAUUGACGACAAGGAAGACAUGCAGUUCACCCAUGAUGCCUUUGACAUCCUGAACUUUACCAACGAAGAGAGAGAGAACUGCUACAAGGUCACGGCGUCUAUCAUGCACUUUGGCAACUGCAAGUUCAGGCAGAGGGGACGCGAGGAACAGGCCGAACCCGAUGGAACUGAGCCCGGUGAAGUUGUUGGAAAGCUUCUUGGUGUUGAAGGCGAGGAGCUCUAUAGGAACCUGUGUAAACCCAAGAUCAAGGUCGGCACAGAGUUCGUCACUCAAGGAAGGAAUGUCGAUCAGGUCAACUACAGCGUCGGUGCUAUGUCAAAGGCUCUGUUCGACCGUACUUUCAAGUGGAUUGUCAAGAAGUGUAACCUGACACUUGAGACUGGCCUGAGUCGUGCUAUGUUCAUCGGCGUGCUCGACAUUGCUGGGUUCGAAAUCUUCGACUUCAACGGUUUCGAGCAAAUCUGCAUCAACUUCUGUAACGAGAAGCUGCAGCAGUUCUUCAACCACCACAUGUUCGUGCUGGAACAGGAAGAAUAUGCAAGAGAAGGCAUUGUCUGGCAGUUCGUCGACUUUGGCAUGGAUCUGCAAGCUUGCAUUGAACUCUUCGAAAAGAAAAUGGGGAUCCUCUCCAUCCUUGAGGAAGAGUCCAUGUUCCCCAAGGCUACUGACAAGACCUUCGAGGAGAAGCUGAAUAUCAACCAUCUCGGAAAGUCUCCUUGCUUCAUCAAGCCCAAGCCUCCAAAGGCCGGCCAGCCUGAGAACCACUUUGCCAUCGUUCACUAUGCUGGUACUGUGUCCUACAACCUCACUGGCUGGCUUGAGAAGAACAAGGAUCCUCUCAACGACACCGUCGUCGACCAGCUUAAGAAGUCUUCCAACGCCUUAACAGUUGAGCUCUUCGUUGACCAUCCCGGCCAGUCUGGUGACGGAGGCGGCAAAGGGAAAGGAGGAAAACAGCAAACUGGAUUCAAAACUGUAUCUUCGGGUUAUAAGGAUCAGCUGGGCAACUUGAUGAAGACACUGAACGCCACUCACCCUCACUUCAUCCGCUGCAUUGUGCCUAACGAGUUCAAGAAGCCGGGUGUUGUUGAUGCCGGCCUCAUUAUGCAUCAAUUGACUUGCAACGGUGUACUUGAGGGCAUCCGUAUCUGCCGGAAGGGCUUCCCCAACAGGAUGCCGUACCCUGACUUCAAGACGCGUUACAAUAUCCUGGCCGCCAAGGAGAUGAUCGAGGCGAAGGACGAUAAGAAAGCGGCCAAGGCAUGCUUCGACAAGGUCGCCCUCGACGCCGAGUUAUACCGCACAGGGAAUACCAAGGUGUUCUUCCGCGCCGGUGUCCUGGGUACUCUCGAGGAGAUUCGCGACGACCGGAUCUGCCUGCUCAUGUCUCAUCUCCAGGCGUGGAUCCGCGGCUUCUCCAGUCGAAAGCAAUAUGCCAAAAUGCAGAAGCAGAGAAAUGCUCUCAUUAUCAUCCAGCGCAACAUCAGGAAGUACCAGAAGAUGCGCUCUUGGCUCUGGUACGAGAUGUGGACUAAGCUGAAGCCCAAGCUCAACGUUACUCGCAUUGAGGAUGAGCUCGCUAGACUGGAGGAGACCGCUGAGAAGGCUGAGGCGGAAUUUGCUAAGGAAACGAAACUCCGCGAAGAACUUGAAAUCAAAAAUGCUGCUCUUCUUCAAGAGAGGAAUGAUCUUUUGUCAGCCGUAGAGUCUAGCAAGGGUGGUAUGUCUGACUAUCUUGAUAAGCAAGCCAAGUUGCAAGCUCAGAAGUCCGAGUUAGAGGCCCAGCUUAACGAAACCCUAGAACGCCUCCAAAGUGAAGAGGAAGCACGCAACCAGCUGGAUAACGGCAGGAAAAAAUGUGAACAGGAGGUUGGGAACCUGAAGAAGGACCUGGAAGAUCUCGAGCUCAGCAUCCAGAAGGGUGAGCAGGACAAGCUCACAAAGGAUCAGCAGAUCCAUAAUCUUAAAGAUGAAGUCGCUCACCAAGAGGAAUUAAUCACUAAGGUAAAUAAGGAAAAGAAGCAUCUUCAGGAAUGCAACCAAAAGACUGCCGAAGAUCUCCAGGCCAUUGAGGACAAGUGCAACCACCUCAACAAAGUCAAAGGCAAACUGGAAUCAACGCUUGAUGAGCUCGAGGAUUCUCUCGAACGCGAGAAGAAGCUUCGCAGUGAGGUAGAGAAGGCUAAGAGGAAAGUCGAAGGUGACCUCCGGCUGACUCAGGAAGCUGUUUCUGAUCUUGAAAGGAAUCACAAGGAACUCGAAAUGGCCGUCGAACGCAAGGAUAAGGAGAUUUCUGCCAUCACUGCCAAAAUCGAAGAUGAACAGCUUCUUGUGAACAGGGACCAGAGACAGGUCAAGGAACUGCAAGCUCGCCUGGAGGAACUCGAGGAGGAGGUCGAGCACGAACGUCAAGCCCGUGCGAAGGCCGAGAAAGCCAAGAAUCAUCUCUCUCGCGAAUUGGGAGAACUUGGCGAGCGGCUGGAUGAAGCUGGCGGUGCCACGGCGACUCAGAUCGAGAUCAACAAGAAACGCGAGAGUGAACUGGGGAAGGUCCGGCGCGAGAUCGAGGAGGCCAACCUUCAGCAUGAGGCCGCCCUAGCUUCCUUGCGCAAGAAGCACAACGAUGCUAUUGCUGAGAUGUCUGAGCAAAUCGACUAUCUCAACAAGAUGAAGGCCAGAGUUGAGAAGGAUAAGGAGACAAUGAAGCGUGAUGCAGAUGAUGCAAGAGCUUCCAUGGAUUCCCUUAGUCGUGAAAAGACUGCUUCCGAGAAGACCACCAAGCAGCUUCAACAUCAGCUAAGUGAACUCCACGCUAAACUUGAUGAGGCCAACCGUACCCUGAGUGACUUUGACGCCACCAAGAAGAAGCUUGCCUGCGAGAAUGCUGACCUUAUCCGCCAGCUAGAAGAGGCCGAAAACCAAGUCGGCCAGCUGUCCAGGCUGAAACUGUCUCUCACCAACCAGCUGGAUGAUACUAGGAAGCUCGCUGAUGAGGAGAGCAGGGGACGUGCUACUCUGUUGGGAAAGCUGCGCAACUUGGAGCAUGAUAUUGACGUCCUUCGCGAGCAACUGGAAGAGGAGAGCGAGGCAAAGGCGGACGUUCAGCGAAUGCUCUCCAAGGCUAACGCUGAGGCUCUUAUGUGGCGCUCCAAGUACGAGUCUGAGGGUGUUGCCCGUGCAGAGGAACUUGAAGCUUCUCGCAUGAAGCUUGCCGCUCGCCUCGAGGAAGCUGAAAUGCAAAUCGAGUCCCUCAAUGUUAGGAACCUGCAUCUUGAGAAAACCAAGGUGCGUGCUUCCGCCGAAUUAGAGGAUCUUCAGGCUGCUGCUGAGCGUGCGCAAACCCUUGCUCUUGCCGCUGAGAAGAAACAGAAGAACUUCGAUAAGAUCCUCUCUGAAUGGAAGAUGAAGGUCGAUGACCUUGCUGCUGAACUCGAUGCCUCCCAGAAGGAAUGCCGCAACUACUCCACCGAACACUUCCGCCUAAAGGCUGCUUACGAAGAGAACAUUGAACAACUCGACAGCAUCCGCCGUGAGAAUAAGAACCUCAGUGAUGAGAUUAAAGAUCUGAUGGACCAGAUUGGCGAAGGUGGACGAGCUUAUCAUGAAGCUCAGAAGAACUGUAAACGACUGGAAGUCGAGAAGGAAGAGCUCCAAGCAGCUCUCGAGGAGGCUGAGGCAGCUCUGGAACAGGAGGAGAACAAGGUCCUCCGAACACAGCUCGAACUCAGCCAAGUCAGGCAAGAGAUUGACAGGCGUAUUCAAGAGAAGGAAGAAGAAUUUGAAAAUACUCGCAAGUGUCAUCAGCGUGCAAUUGAUUCCAUGCAAGCUUCUCUUGAGGUUGAAGCCAAGGGUAAGGCUGAGGCUCUUCGCAUAAAGAAGAAACUCGAGUCUGACAUCAAUGAGCUCGAGAUUGCCCUUGACCAUGCCAAUAAGGCCAAUUCCGACCUCCAUAAACAUUACAAGAAGAUUCAGGAAGAGACCAAGGACAUGGAAGCCCGCGUUAAGGAGGAACAGCGUCUUGCCGCUGAGUUCCUUGAACAGUAUGGCAUUGCUGAACGCCGUGCCAAUGCUCUUCAUGGAGAGUUGGAGGAAUCCCGUGCUCUCCUGGAACAAUCCGACCGCGGGCGCCGCCAGGCUGAGUCUGAGCUCAACGAUGCACGCGAUCAAGUCAACAAUCUUACCGAACAGAAUUCUGCUCUUAACGCCUCCAAGAGAAAGCUCGAGGGUGAAAUGCAGACACUGCAUGCUGAUCUUGAAGAGAUGCUUAGCGAAGCAAAGAACUCCGAGGAGAAGGCGAAGAAGGCCAUGAUUGAUGCUGCCCGUCUAGCUGAUGAACUCCGCUCUGAGCAGGAACAUGCAAUGACGCAAGAGAAGAUGCGCAAGGGUCUCGAGGUUACCGUUAAAGAGCUGCAGACUCGUCUUGAGGAGACUGAAAGCACUGUCAUGAAGACCGGGAAGAAGGCGAUCAGCAACCUCGAAUCUCGUAUCCGUGAGCUCGAGGUUUCUCUGGACGAUGAGUCUCGCCGCCACGCGGACUCUCAGAAGAACCUGAGGAAGUGCGAGAGGCGCAUCAAGGAGCUCGCCUUCCAGGCUGACGAGGAUAAGAAGAAUCAUGAGAGGAUGCAGGACCUCGUCGAUAAGCUCCAGCAGAAGAUCAAGACCUACAAGCGCCAGAUCGAGGAGGCUGAGGAGAUCGCCGCCCUCAACCUGGCCAAGUUCCGCAAGGCUCAGCAGGAGCUUGAGGAAGCUGAGGCCUCCAGAUAUUAAACUCUGUUGAUUUCAAAUCUAUGUGAUUUGAAACAACAUAGUUGUAGAUGUAGAAAUAAAAUAAGAAAAUUAA